UGUGUUGUGGCAGAGGAGGCGAGGAGGAGGCGGCCCCGGAGCCGACGGAGAAACGAGAUGCGAGAACCGCCGACGGCACCGCGCACCACGAUGAGAAAUGAAGUAUCUCAGACACGUUUAAUUAAUAUUCUUCAGUGAGCGAAGAUGAAUAGUGAGCAGCAUGCAUUGCCAGCGACUACGCAGGCACAACAAGAGGAUGUAAACGCGGGUCAAAGUGGUCGUCCUUCAUACCCAGGUGGUUUGGCUACUGCGACCGCGAGUCUUGGCAAUGUAGGGAGUACUCCCCAUUCAUCCGCGGACCUGCGUGUAGGUACUGCCGUAGCGUUAGCCUCCUCGGUAGCCUCCUCGGUAGCUAAGUAUUGGGUCCUCACCAAUCUGUUUCCUCCCGGACCGCUACCUCAAGUCUCGGUCUACCACCAUUCCCACCACAACUCCUCGCAUAGGAGUGGUGGCGGUGGGGAGGCAUCAUCCUCCAAAGAGCCAGCCUCUUCACUGAACCAGGAAAUGGCGUUGACUUCCAGCUCGCAUCAUCAGCAACAGUCAACAGCCGCGCAUCAUCAUCACCAGCCUUCAGUUAGCAGCAGCAGCAGCCACCACAGUUCCCUGCAGUCGAAUCCACAGAUUCCUGUAUCUCUUCCCGGCCUUAAUUUAGACGGCGCACAUAUACCAACGAGUGUUAGUCAUCUGGCUGCACAUGCACAAAUGCAACAACAGAUGCAGGCGCAAGCACAGCAGCAGCUGCACCAGCAGCAACAGCCGCAGCAACAGCAGCAGCAGUCUCAUCACCAGAUGCCGAAUCAUCAGAACGCUCAGAAUAAUGGGCCGACGGCGCACAACCAGAACGCGCAGCGAGACGACAACAAAGUGAAGGACGAGGGCGGUAGUUGCACUACCGAGCGUUGCAGCGACAAUCAGGUUCACUGUCAAGUUCAAUGUGAUCUGCAAUUACAACCUCCUCAAGAUCUUCAACAGAGCUUGAUGCAACAGCAGCAGCAGCAACAGCAGCAGCAGCAGCAACAGCAGCAGAUCGGGGUCAAUAUCAGCGGUAACUCCACUAGUGAGGGAGGAGGCCAGAACAACUCCGAGAAACCCGAGAAGGAGAAGGAAUUGCGGCAACUGAACAUGACCCAAUUCCAAGUCCCCGACUUGAAACCAGGCGGACACAUGAUGGACGUGAGAACAGCGGACGGAUCGGUUGUCAAAAUCAGCGCAGGAAACGAACAAGACUUGGCCAAGACUCUCGGCGUCGAAAUGGUACAAAAUAUGUACAAGGUUAAUGUUGAAGAUAUUAACCAACUCUUGGCGUAUCACGAGGUCUUUGGAAAGCUGCAGAGUGAGAUUGCAGCUGGGACGACUUUAGUAGGCAGCACUGUACCUACGCAGACAGUUACCACGAUACAAAAUGGCACGCCAAUCGUGCAGCAGGUCCAACUGAACAAAUUUGACAUAAAGUCGAGCGACGGCGAAGCAACGCCCGGCCCGAGCGCGUCGCCCGUGUCGGUUGGCAGCCACGCUUGCGAGAUAUGCGGAAAGAUCUUCCAGUUUCGUUAUCAACUCAUUGUACAUCGCAGAUAUCACACCGAGAGAAAACCAUUCACGUGUCAGGUAUGCGGCAAAGCGUUCUCGAAUGCGAACGAUCUAACACGUCACGGCAAGUGUCAUCUGGGUGGGUCCAUGUUCACCUGCACCGUUUGCUUUCACGUAUUUGCAAAUGCGCCCUCGCUAGAACGUCAUAUGAAGAGACACGCCACCGACAAACCGUACAAUUGCACGGUCUGCGGUAAGAGUUUCGCGCGCAAGGAACACUUGGAUAAUCACACGAGAUGUCAUACUGGCGAGACGCCAUACAGAUGCCAAUAUUGUUCAAAGACAUUUACCCGAAAAGAACAUAUGGUAAAUCACGUUCGUAAACACACUGGUGAGACUCCACAUCGAUGUGAUAUUUGCAAGAAGAGCUUCACUCGCAAAGAACACUUUAUGAACCAUGUUAUGUGGCAUACAGGAGAAACCCCUCAUCAUUGCCAAGCUUGUGGCAAGAAGUAUACGCGUAAAGAACAUCUCGCUAACCAUAUGCGCUCGCACACAAACGACACGCCGUUCCGUUGUGAAAUAUGCGGUAAGUCGUUUACGAGGAAGGAGCACUUCACGAACCACAUAAUGUGGCACACGGGCGAGACGCCGCACCGCUGUGACUUCUGCUCGAAGACGUUCACGCGAAAGGAACAUCUCCUGAACCACGUUCGCCAGCACACGGGUGAGUCUCCACACCGAUGCGGCUUCUGCUCCAAAUCGUUCACCAGAAAGGAACACCUUGUUAACCACAUCCGCCAACACACAGGGGAGACGCCCUUCCGCUGUUCUUACUGUCCGAAAGCAUUUACGCGGAAGGAUCACCUGGUGAACCACGUCAGGCAGCACACGGGUGAGUCACCGCACAAGUGCCAGUAUUGCACCAAAUCCUUCACGCGGAAGGAACAUUUGACCAAUCACGUGCGUCAACACACAGGCGAAUCGCCACACCGAUGCCACUUCUGCUCCAAGUCAUUUACUCGUAAGGAGCAUUUGACGAAUCAUGUGCGCAUCCACACUGGCGAAUCUCCACAUAGGUGUGAGUUUUGCCAGAGGACGUUCACUAGGAAAGAACACCUAAAUAAUCAUCUCCGUCAACAUACCGGAGAUUCCUCACACUGUUGCAACGUGUGCUCCAAACCAUUCACAAGAAAGGAGCAUCUCGUGAAUCAUAUGCGUUGCCAUACUGGUGAACGUCCAUUCGUGUGCACAGAAUGUGGCAAGAGUUUCCCGCUGAAGGGCAAUCUCCUCUUCCAUAUGCGCUCGCACAACAAGGGCAGCAACGCCGAGAGGCCGUUUCGCUGCGACCUGUGCCCCAAAGAUUUCAUGUGCAAAGGACACUUGGUCUCGCACCGGCGCUCGCAUUCAGACGAGCGGCCGCACAGUUGCCCGGAUUGCGGCAAGACCUUUGUCGAGAAGGGCAACAUGCUGCGACACUUGCGCAAACACGCGACUGAAGGCCCGCCGACACAAGUUAGCACACCCUCGGCUAUACCGCAAUCCGGCGUUCUACCGAUACCGGCAGCGGCGGCAGUCCUGGUAGGACAUCCAUUAGCACCACCGGCACCGCCUGUUGUGCCGCAGCACACGGUGGUCGUGCCGACACCGCCCGGUGUAUUGACAUCAUACUAGAUUGAGAGAAGGAAAAAGUAGAGGAGAACGUGCGAAAGAAAGAAUGGGGAAAUGAAAGGAGAAAUAAAAGGGAAUGAAACGAAAGAAAGAAGGCAUUUGAAGAUGAUACAUGCUGUGUAUACUUAAUAUAUGAUUGCGUCGAAGAAGUGUGAAGAUUGUGCGCCAUUCAUCGUUUCCUUAAGGACCUGGAUUACAGUGGAUUUAUCAUGCGCCGAUUAAAUCAACGGUGUCUCGCGUACUGUUCGAUCCGCUUCGCGACGCCGCAGCAGCUGCACACCAUUUCCGUUUCGCAGUGAACUUUGUUCAGGACGAUAUAGAGCGAUUGCUCGUGAUACGCGCGUGAGAACGCGCAUUAGAACAUUGAUGGCGGUUAUUAUCCAAAGUUUGGUUUUGCUUCGUUUAUGCUUGUAAUUGAUAAGUCGAUUAUGGUGACGAAUAUAUUAAUGUAUUCGUUCCAAAUUUGUGCAAGAGAUGCGUAUCACAUACUAUAUCGCAAAAUUUUGCGACCUUGAUGAAUGACCUUGAUGAUGAACAUGUAAUAAUUCUAUUUCGUUAUACCUUAGUAACCUUCCAUAAUUUUAACAAAGAGGCACUAAUUAUAAUGUCAAUGACAUCUCGGAUUAUGUUUGCAUGUUACUUUCACGUGAGGAGUGUGUCUGCGUGCAUUCGCCAAUUAAUAAGGUUCUCGAUGGCACGUAAUAGUGGUGUCCGGCAAAGUAUAUUUGCGAGUAACGAGAGUAACGAUUUCGAGUAUAUGUAUAUUUUCUUGGGAAAAUAUGAAAACUAUAUUAAUAUAAAACUAUACCUCAAGUAUAGUAAGUCAUUAUUUGCAAAUAUAUUUCAGCCAAUAUUGGGACAUUUAGGCGAUUAUCCAGAUGCAAAUCAAGAGUACAGUGAAGUUUAGCCAUGAUUUAGUGAUACAAUAUUGACCAUUGCUUUACGUUAAUACUGACGAAAUACUAUUAAAGACAACCAUUACUUGGAAGAUAAUUUCGUAAUUGGAAAGUACAGACAUUGAUACUGUUCUUGCAGCAUUGAAACAAUAUAUUUAUACAUAUAUGUGCUUCAUAAACAAUAUUUUUAUUGCGACGUAAUAAUAUAAUAAGAUUGCAUUUCUAUCCCGUAGUUAUUACCCGUAUGGAUAAUCGUGGAUAACAAUAGAAGUGCAAUUCUGAAUAAAAAUCUGAUUUCUCUCAAUUCUUUUAUCAGAUUAUAGUUACACAUACAUCCAUGAAACAUCAGGAUAAAUUAUAAAAUCAAUAUCACAUUGUGAACUAGUCCUCCAAAUUUCAUCAACCAAACGAACUUCGGUCCUGUAACCAUCGUCGGUCUUUAAUAGUACAUUGUUAGUGGCAUUAAUUAUUGACUUCUCCGUAAUUUUUGUAUGAAAGUGCAUCGUUACUUUCACAAGAAUUUCACUCGAUCCGGAGUGGUAUUUCGAAUUGUGAGUUUUAUAUUUGCAGAGAAACUUUCGUACGAAAAAUAUUGUCGGCAGAAUAAGUGAUGUACAUCUAGCAUUGUUAUGAUUGCUUGAUUACUGUUAGCAAUUAAUUAACGCUAAAAUGCUUUCGGAGUUAAUUUCUAAUUCUUAGACAAAAAAAUUAUUACAUGCUUAUAUAUUCACUCGUGAUUCUAAAAUCCUGAACUGACGUUUAUGGUCUAAAUAUCUGGAUGUUUAGUAAGAUGGCAAGCGUAUAGAAAUCUUACUGUCAUAAAAUAUUACGAAAUUAUAAUAUUCGGACAAAGCUGCAAAAUGAAGGAUUGUAUUUUAUUUGAAAGAAAAAGUGCAUUUCGACCUUGUAAACGCGACAUAGAAAUACUUAUGUAUCCAAUCCUUUAACUUAAGCGUUAUUCGCUAUGAUGUUUUAGUUUUAGUUACUACAAUCGAGUGCAAUAUGGCUACGCCGCAUUUUGUUUAAGGAGGCAGAAACAACUGCAAACGAAUACCACUGAUACCGGAUCCGGUAAACGUACAGACUAACAGAUAGUAAACUGAUGUAUGUAUGUGUGAGUCAAGUUUCACGCGUUACCGUGGACAGACAUUCGCGUUUUAAGUUCGUCAUUAAAUUUAAUUAUUAAUUAUUAAUUAUCUUUUUGUACCAUCUAUCCCGAGAAAGGAGGAACACUAUCACUGUAGCGAUCAUCCUGUAAGGCCAUGUAUUUCAUAUUUACCAUUAAGAUAAAGGUAAAGAGAGAUAAAUAAGUGCGGCAGCGCGGUGGACGAUUGAGCGCGUAUUCCCGUGUGAACCUUCAGUCGGGCUUCGAGUUUCGGACCUGUGAAACAAUGUAAGAACGGGGUUAAAACUCGCGUCCGCGAUCGAUCAUCGCGCCGUCGCGUUUGCGUUAAAUAUAUAAUUAUGUAUAAUAUUAAUAGUACCUAUCAAAUAGGCAUUAUAUAAAGAUGACGACAAAUUUAUUAACGCGCGUUUGUGCGUCACGCGUGACCCGCAUGCGACGAAAGUUGUCCGCAAGUCGGUAGAAGAUCUAGAUAUAUAUAUAAAUAUAUAUAUAAUGAAUAUAUAAUAUACUAUAAGCAUAUUGAGAAGUACAGUUAGGUAUCACAUGUACUAUUUAAAGUAACGAAACAGUGGAAAAACUUGAGUGUACUGCAGGGUCAUCUUAUAUAUGAAAUACCGUGCGGAAUUUACCUACAUUAUGCGUAGACCUUUGUUAUAUUCUCGGGAAAAAAAAAAAAGGACAGGUGAGGACGAUAAUAGGUAAGCAUAGAUAAAGAGAGAGGAUCAUCGCGAACUUAUACACUUAUACAUGGGAUGGACAAAUAUAUAUGUAUAAUAUAUAUACUGCUCUCGUGCUUAUAUACAUUAUGUAUAUAUACUCUGUAACAUACACAAGUGAGGCAAUCGCCGGGGGGAGAAGCGACCAGACCCAUUUUUUUUCUUCGGAUGAGAGGGAACAUACCUCCAACGAGAUACACACGUAAAGAGAGAGAGAGAGAGAGAGAGAGAAGGAUGGAAGAAAAAAGGAACAAUUCCUCUGCAAUUGACCUAUGCAUCCCGCGCGACAACAUUGCUAAGAAGAAAAUGUAACAAGGAAUAAAUAGAAAUAAUGUUUAUAUGAAUUAUUAUGAUUAUUAAUAAUGAUACUAUCAUACGUUACGAGGAUAAAAACUAAGAGUUGAUUCAUGCUUUUAAGAGAUUUAGUUUCGUGCUUGUUUAAAGAUAAAGAUGAAGAUUAACGGCAGGCAGUCAGGAUCCAAACGUUCGACGUUUUGGGUCGAAGCGGGUUCGCGCGUUCGCACGGAUACCGGGCAUCGUCGUCCUGCGCGACAUUACGUUGCACCUGGAAAGUCGCGGUGCAACAACACGUGUCCGCAACGUAGUACGAACGUAGUUAACAGCCGGGCGCUUCGGCUCAGAGCGAGAUAAACGUGGUGAAGGAAAAAAGAUUCAAAAAAAAAUAUUAUUUACUUUAGAUAGAACAAAAAUAUGUAUAGAAUUUUAUUAUGCACCAUUGUAAUAUUAUGUAUCCCAGUUGUGACACAAUAUACACUGGUGUUAUGUUAAAUG